AUGGCGCCACAGCGGCAGGCCACCCGCGGGGGUGAUGAAUCGCUGUAUGACAAGUUGCACUGCGCUUCUUGCGGGGGCCUGUGCCGUGGUGAUGCGUGGUGGCCUUACAAUGCCAUCUGCUUCCCUUUUGUGCUGGUCUGGAACGCCUUCUACCACUACCUGCUGGCUUGUCUGAGCGUGUUUGCCUAUCGUUUCUGUAUGACCGUCUGCUGCUGGCCCUGCUACACCUGCUGUCCCAAGACAUGGAACUUUGUGGACAAGAAGUUUCCGCCGGGCCCCGGCGCAAUCUUGGACCCAAACGCGGCUCCCUUUGACGACAACGAGUUUUAUGGCAACACGCCGGCUCAAAUUUCCGCCAAGGUCGAUUGGAUGCGCGCCGAUGAUGUUUUGCGCGACAGCACUCGGCGCGCUGCGCGACCCGGCUCCAUGUCUGCUUCAGUGGGUCGCCCCACAGACGAACAGCCACCGCACUUUUUCCUCUUUGAGGGGGGCAUCCGACCGGAUGACAUCAUCCAGGGCCAGCUCGGUGACUGCUGGCUGCUGUCUGCUCUCUCAUCCAUGGCCGAGUACCCAGAGGCGAUCCGCAACUGCUUUGUGCAAAACGAGUAUCACCCUCGCCACAAAUACCGGGUCAAGAUGUGGGAUAUCCGCACCAAGAGCUGGUUGCAUGUGUCUGUCGACGACUAUGUUCCUGUGAAAAAAGGUACAAGCCGCCCUUACUUCACUGAUCCUCAGGGACGUGAGCUGUGGGUGUUUCUCAUCGAGAAAGCCUUUGCCAAGUUUCACGGCGGUUACGCCUAUCUUGACGGCGGGCGCUCGCCUUGGGCCUGGCAUGUGCUCACUGGCGACAACGUUUUUAGCUUCAAACUCAAUCAACCCGAUGUUUGGAGCACCUUCCUGUACGACUUUGAAUUCAAGGACAGCCAAAAGCAUCAAUGGCAUGCGGCUUAUCUGCGUGACACGGGUGACCGCUGCAACCACGACCGCAUGCACGAAAUGAUUCGCCAGUUUUGCCGGCACCGGGCACCCAUGGGGGCCUCAAUCCACUCUCAGAGCCGAGCUACUAACGGCCUUGUCGCGUUCCAUGCCUAUUCACUCAUUGAUGCUGUUCGCUCGGGCAAGAAGAAAUUGGUCAAACUUCGCAACCCCUGGGGCAGGCAUAGCGAUUUGAUGCACAAGUGCAAGCAGACCAAGGACGAGUUUGACGGUGCCUUUUGGAUGUCCAUGGAAGACUUUGCUCUUCAUUUCGAUCGGAUUGACGUUUGCGACCGUUCUGUAAAUCGUGACCUCCGACUAGACGUGCGCGAGGAUGAUGGCGCCUGUGGUGUGGUCAAGGGCUGCUGUUUUGAUUGUGGUCGCUAUUGGUGCUUGUGCAUGGGCAUCCGCACCUUGUAUCUGGGCCACCGCACCGGGGAGACGUUGGAUUACCACAAGCCCAUUUGUGCCUGUCGUGAUACUGGUCGCGGUUGGCAAGACAGUAGUAUCGUCUAG